CUUUUAUCACUCAUCUCCUUCUUCCCCCAUUUUCCCAAUAAAUUAUUUCUAAAAAAACUGUAAUUUUUCUAGUAAUAUAUAAUUAGGGUUUGACCUUCGAUUUGUUCGAUCUCGGAAGCGAUUCAAUCGAUGGAACCCGAUUCUUGGACUCGAUUGUCUGCUGCAUCGAAGCGCCAUCAAUCUGCUCUUCAAUCGCGAUACGAUCUGUACCUAGGGUUUGAAGAAGUCGAUGGAGGCGAUGAGGAGCCUCGAGCGGAGUUCUUCGCUUGCCCGUUUUGUUCCGAGGAUUUCGAUAUCAUUGGGCUUUGUUGUCAUAUUGAUGAUGAACAUCCAGUUGAGGCGAAGAAUGGGGUAUGUCCCAUCUGUGCGGCAAGAGUUGGCAUGGACUUGGUUGCGCACAUGACGAUGCAGCAUGGAAACUUCUUCAAGAUGCAACGAAGGAGGAGAUUCCGUAGAGGUUCAGCUGGAUCCCAUUCUACAGUGAAACGUUACGUUAGGCGUUAA